UAUUAAUAUAUCUUCCUAAUCAUUGUAAGUUGCAUGUCCUAAUUUUUGUGAUCAAAUGCAUUUUGGAGGUGCAAGCAAGCAAAAUUUAAGCUUCUCUGUUUUAUUUUGUGUGCCAACUGUAUUUUACUGGCAUCAGCAGUUCUAGCCAGCUACUUGCAUAUAUUGUCAAAUUAAAAUUGUGUCUGAGUUUGUAAUAGUUAUUAUCCGAGCUGUUUAUUUUAUUAGGUGUACUGAUAAUUCAACCUUUGGUACCAUUUCACAACCUUUUAAACUCCUUGACUAGAAUGUUAACUAGUAUAUUAUUAAACAAUUGGUAUUAAAUAUGCCAUUCGACGGAAUGAUACUAAAUAGUUAGGGAGGGCAUGUUCUCUAUGGAACAUGCAUGCUGAAUCAUAUCUUAUAGUGAUUUAUAAAGGUGAUUUUAACACUGAUGGACGUUUCUUCCGUUUCUACAAAGCUUAUCAACGAUGUACGCCAAACAAUUCAGUUCAGCACUGCUGAUCAACAUUAGUGAUUUCUAAUCAAUCAUUUCAACCAGUAAUAAAUACCAUACUGGGGUGUGCUUCUUUUCGCUUGCGUUUUUAAGCAGAUCUCAUAUUCUAAGUUAAAUAUUGUAUGUUUUUAAAAGAAACUGUGACUAAAUUUCUCUUCAGCAUGUAUAAUUUGCAAAUGACGAAUUUCAUUUUGUAUCCUGAGUGUACAUGAAAGGAGAUAUAGCGGUGCAGAUUUGAUAGUUGUCAGGAUUCUCUGAGGUUGCAUAUAGUAGUUUACUUUUACAAACCUUGGGAUCUAUAGAUUGUCUGGCUGGAGUUUUCGGGACGCUAGGAGUGUUAGACUUUUAGUGAAGUAGCUCAUAUCCUUGAUAAUGACGCAGACACAUUUGCUCCUUAUCAUCUCUCAAAUUCCAAAGUUUUGGACUAGUCUUUGUGUAAUCAUUCUUUUUGUUGUACUUAUGUCUGUUCAUUGCGGGAGUAUUCUGUUUGUUCCCUCAUUUUGUGUGCUUCUUGAAGUGUGGCAACAUGGACUAACCCGCCUUUAUGCAUAUUUUUACGUUUAUUCGUUAGUGAAUCAUAAAUUACUUUUCGAUGGUUAAUAGUUGUGUAUUUAUAACGCCUAAUAAACAGUUGAGUGUAUCAAGAACUGUUUUAUUAUAACGAACAUGAAGAUGUCUUACUUUUUCAGCCAAUAUUUUGUCAACCAAUGAUUUGUGUUCUGUUCUGUAUGUUCGGUCAAUGUAAUGUUUUCUUGAAACUGUAAAUAUUUUUGUAAUUGUCAUUGCUUCAUUUCCUAUUAUGUUGCAUGGUUUUAUCAGUUGUAGAAGUUGUACAACUCAAAAGUUUCUUUCAUUAUUUUCAGUUCUUUAUUUUUUAAAAUUUGAUUAUCUGGUAAUCACCGCUCAGCAUGAGUUGUGUUUGCCUCCUGCAGUCUAAGUAUAUUCAGCAUAUUAAAUUGCCUGGAUGCUUCACUCUCUAAUUUUUGAUGAAAUAUUAUAUAUAUAUAUAUAGUAUAUAUGAAUUGUCUGAAGUUAUUAAAACCAGGUAAUAAUUUCACUCCAAAUAGAAUUGACAGCCUGUUUUUAAACGCCGAAUUCACGAAGUCACUCAGAUACAUAUUUCCGCACUAAUUCUGUAAUUAUUAUGUUGCAAAUAACUGGUGUUUGAGAAGUCUUCAGUUUAAAUAAUGUUUAAGUGAUGAUCAUUAUUACUAAUAAGGUGUAAAAACGGUGUGUUUCACCUAGUCACUGCCAAAUGUCUGGUUCCUUACUCGAACAGAAGAUGUCUUGAACUCAGUCUUGAAUCAAACCACCAGGACUUAUCACCAAAUUACUUGUGAUGAAAAUUACCAAUGGCCUACUGAGUCUUCUCAGUUUACCAUAAGGAAAAACCCAAUGCUAGACACUGACUGUCAGAUCAAUUUUUAAAAGUUCUAAUGAGAGGAUUCUUAAGAAGUCAGUUUUUCUGAAGAAUAAAGAAAUAUGCUAACUAAUAUCAGCACAUAUGAAGAAAGCCUAGUUGACUUGGGUCAUCUUCGUUGCCGGCGAGGUAUCCAUUAGAGGGCGUGUGUACUGCGUAGCUGUUUACUUCUUCUUAAUCUGUGUAUGAAAAACGUUGGGAAAUGUCGAAUGAUUACUGGUCUUUGACCAUGAUUAUUUCCAUUUCGUCUUUUCACUUCAACUGAGACAACAUUGUGAGUAGUUAGAUUGUUGAAGACGGUCGGUAGUAACUGUAGAACUAGCUUUCGUGACUAACAGAAUCCAAUUUGCACUAGAGACUAGGAAAAUCACAGUGGUUACUCCGUAGUGAACCAUCAAUGUACGGUAAGUAGUCUCGUAAUUACGCGCAUAGUGUUAGGUGAGAAAGGUAAGCCAAUCUAUCAGUCUGUGUAGAUUGUCUGUCUAAUUUUCUCCAAAUGUUAAAAGUCAUUGGUUGGAGACUUGAUGAAAUUCCACAGAUGCAUACACACUCUGUAGCCGAAAUCUUUAAGGUUACUUAUCUCCAUGUAAUUAUUCUAUGCUUUACAUCCAUGAAUUUCCAUUUCGGGAUCCUCACAUUUUGUUCCCUUAAUUCAUCUGAACUGUUUUAAGGUGUGCAACUGUAACUAUUGCAUUCUCCAGUCACAGUUUUGAUCAUGAACUGACAUCAGUUGGAGAAUCAUUGGAAAGUCAGCAAGGAGUACUGGACAACUGUUUUGUCACAGUCUGGGACUCUUCAUCAAUACGCACCCUAUCGAUUGCAAACUGAAACCUGAAAUUUCUCUAGUCAGUUUAAAAAUCUUGAUUGGCGGUCACAUUGUAAUCAAUUUCUUGAAGUUUAACAAAUGUAGAGUAUGAAAUUUAGAUUUAAUGAAUACUCUUGCCAAUAGCGAAAUGUUCUAUCACUGUGAUGAAACUUUUGUUAGAAACUAUCCAGUUUUCUGUAUUUCAUAAGCUGAAAUUAGGUCAUGGCGAGAAGCAUCUUCAAGUAAUUUUAUUCUAGGUAUUCAAUAUUGGUUUUUCUUUCUUACUUGUAAAACUUUUUUUCCCCUGAAAGCCGGAAAUCUUUUCAAGUCAUUUUUACUUUUACAUUUCAGAAAAAACUUAGGAUGGGCUUCUACUUGCAACACAGUCGGCCAAACAUUGGGUUAUGUAAUUGCCUUUAUCUUGUUUAUGUGCUUAGAAUCACCGGAUAUUUCUAACACGUAUAUAAGAAGCAUUCCUGUUGAAGGCAAAGGGAUAAUUACCUUUUCAGGCUUUCUUUAUUUUUGGGGCGUUGUAUUUCUUGUGUCAACUACACUCGUCGGAAUAUUUAAAAAAGAAAUAACUAAUGACUCAGGUAAUCAAUCACCUAAGCAUUCUGAUCGUGCACAUAUUUCUUAUGACAAUAACAAUCUCUUAACUGUUUCAUCAAAUAAAUCAGAAGAUAAACAACACAAUCGAUUAUCACGUUCUCGUAAUCGUAUUUCAGAUGAAGAUAAUCGAAGUAAUAAACAAGUUCAUUCUGAUCAUGGUGAUGAUGAUUAUGAUCGACUUAUCGACUCGACUGCAACACAAUAUCCACUAGAUGGUCGGAGUCAUAUAAUUGAAAUUUCACCAAAUGAACAGUUGAAUACAAUAGAAUCGAAUGAAGAAUUAUCACUGAUUGAUACAUAUCGUGUUAUGUUGGGCAUUUGUCGAUUGAAGCCUAUCAUGCAAUAUAUAAUGUUUCUUUUUAUUGUCAAAGUAUGUUUCUCCGCUUCGGAUAAUAUUUCUGGAUUAAAAUUAAUCGAGCAAGGCUUGCCUAAAGAACGAUUAGCUUUCAUUGGGAUUCUACUGUUACCACUUCAAGCGGUUUUACCACUUUUUAUUAUUAAAAUAACAAAUGGACCAAAAGUUUUAUCAUAUUACACUUGGGCUAUAUUACCUCGUUUAUUUUUAGCUUCAUUAUCUGUUCCAUUGGUUCAUUUUGCUCCAUAUUUUAAAAUACCAAAUCAAAUCCCUUCAAUGAUGCACGAUAAUUAUACUAUGAAUUCAGGAUCAUCCAUUCCAGAAGGUGGUGGUGGUGGUGUCACGCAUGUCUCAUUCUCAUGGUUAUUCUAUGUAUUAAUUAUAAGUCACUUAUUCAUUUACUCGGUACUCACUAAUAUAAUGUUUAUUACACAAAUGGCAUUUCAUGCAAGAAUCAGUGAUCCAGCUGUAGGAGGGACAUAUAUGACUUUAUUAAAUACGGCAGCUAAUUUAGCCACAAGUCUACCCAACACAAUAUUCUUAUCUCUUGUUGAACCACUUACUGUUAGAAUAUGCUCUGGUGCUGAUAUCUUAAAGGCUGGUUUAUUAUCUUUACAAACUAAAUCUAUACAAUCUGGUUAUGUAAUGAAUACUAGUGAAAUUUCACAUUAUCCAAACGAUGUUCUAUACACUCAUGGUCAAUCAUGGUUAACGCAUAAUGCUACAUGUAAAGAUGCUAAAACUAUACAAGCAUGUCAUACAAUAGGUGGAGUAUGUUCAAAUUUAUUUGAUGGGUUCUACAUAGAAGUUGUAUUAAGCAUUUUAUUUGGAUUGUUUACAUUCCCUACAAUUGUACGACCCUUGGCGAAUCAAUUAGAUAUGCUACCAAAUGAAGCUUUCACCUUUCAUCUGCCUUCAAAGUUAUCAUCACAUAAAAGUCGCCAUCAUCAAGGUAUGUUUAAGAAGACAGUGGAAAAAGUUAGAAAGGAUUGAGGGAAAAAUAUUUUCUUAUAUUUGUAUGUUUACUUGUGUAUAUGUGCGUGCCUGUGUGUGUGUGUGUGUUAGUUAAUGUGUUUCGUCUUCUUCAUUCAAACAUUUUGAUGUCUAUUACACAACACGUAUGUGAUACUGUACUUUGACUAUAAUAUGCCUAGUUACAUACUUUCAUAUUGCCCUUAAUACACUAUGUCUGUGUGUGUGUGUACAUUAACUUACAUAUUAACUUACGGUGUCUUCGUUCACAUUUAUGCCCUACAUGGUCUCAUCACUGGUGAUAUUGUACUAUUGUACUCGGCUGUGUUGCUGUGCUACUAAUAGUCGAUAAAGUCUUGUCAAAUAGAAUAUUUUAAAAAAAAUGUGUUUACGUUAAGUACAAAAAUUACUUGAGGUUUUGAAGUAGUAGGAUCAAUAAAGCUUUUGCCAAAUAUUUUCUUAAAGUAAGAAUCUCUCAUUAUUUAUUAUUACUACCUAUGUACCUACUUACCUACUUACCCAUUUGUUUCACUUUUAUUGUUUGAAAAUGGAUUUCUGUGCUUGUAUACUUCGGUAUUAUCAUCAUCAAAAAUAAUAUUUUUCAUUCAUUUAUGUAUUUUUAUAUUCGUUUAUCAUUUUCCACUUCACUAAUAAUAUUAUUAUCAAAAUGGUUAUCAGUACUACUAUUAUUAUUGUUAUUCAACUGUUUAUUUGUUUUUCUGAUCUUCUUCAUGGAUUGUUUGUACAGUGUAACAACAAUAAUAAUACAAGAAGAAUAAUACUUUACUUGACUGAAUAUCUUACUCUUCUAUUCACAAUAUAAUUAAAAAUAGACGAAAGAUACCAGUCGGAGCAGGAAAUAGAGGGACAAAGCAAGUAGUCCGGCGAAAAGUCUGGUAAAAUUCACGUCAUAGCUACUUGUUUUUAUC